ACCUCAACAUUUCCAACCUAUUCCCCCAAAAAAAAAAAAAAAAAAGAAGAAGAAGAAGAAGAAGGAGCCCAUCAUCAUUCACCAUCAUGAUGAACUCUUCUCUUCUAACCCCUUCUUCUUCAUCCUCAUCCCAUAUCCAAACUCAGGCCACCACUACUUUUGACCAUGAAGACUUCCUCGAUCAAAUCUUUUCCUCCGCCCCAUGGCCAUCCGUCGUCGACGAUGCUCAUCCUCCUCUUCCUUCCGAUAGCUUCCACGGCCACGACGUCGACUCAAGAAAUCAGCAGAUCAUGAUGAUGCCUUUGACUGAUGGCUCCUCCGUCCACGCUCUUUACAAUGGCUUCGCCGCCUCAGGAUCUCUUCCUAACUUUCAUAUCCCUCAGGGAUCGGGAGGUGGAUUGAUGAACCAAGAAAGACAAACGCAAACGCCAUCGCAACCGCAGGCAAGAGCGUCUACAGCUACUGGUGGUACGGUGGCGGCUCCGCCGCAGAGUAGGACUAAAGUCCGAGCUAGGAGAGGUCAAGCAACUGAUCCUCACAGUAUCGCCGAAAGGUUACGAAGAGAGAGAAUUGCGGAAAGGAUGAAAGCUCUUCAAGAACUCGUCCCAAACGGCNAAGGACAGACAGACAAGGCAUCGAUGCUCGAUGAGAUUAUAGAUUAUGUCAAGUUUUUACAACUCCAAGUCAAGGUACUGAGCAUGAGCAGAUUGGGAGGAGCUGCUUCAGUUUCUUCUCAAAUCUCUGAGGCAGGUGGAUCCCACGGUAAUGCAACCUCCGCCAUGGCCGGCGGUAGCCAGACGGCCGGAAACUCUAACGAUAGCAUUACGAUGACGGAGCAUCAAGUGGCGAAGUUAAUGGAAGAAGACAUGGGCUCAGCCAUGCAAUACCUUCAAGGGAAAGGUCUCUGUCUCAUGCCAAUCUCUUUAGCAACUGCCAUCUCAACCGCCACUUGUCACACCACCCGUAACCCUUUGAUCCCUGGAGCUGCUGACGUCGGAGGUCCUUCUUCUCCCAAUCUUUCUAACAUGACCAUACAGUCCACGAAUACAACAAUGGGUAACGGUAACGGGAAGUUAAAAGGUAACGGUAACGGCGUGAUCGAGGGGUCGUCGUCUAUUGCCGUUAAAGAGGCAGUAUCCGUUUCGAAGCCGUAAUAACGGCCGUUUACUUUUGGGGUUAGGCAGAGAAGAUACCAAAAAAAAAAAAACAGAGAUAGUGGGAUGAAGUGGGGAGAUAAAGUCAAAGUCUACGAAGAAUGAGGUUUAGUAAGUUGUUUGAUGUGUUCUUUGAACGACGCAGCAGUUGUCGUAGAGUUUUGGUUAUUUUAACUACUACUACUACUAUAAAACCACUCAAAGGGACAUUUCUUUUCCUCGUUUUCUAAAUAUGUUUGCAAUGUUUCUAUUUUAUAUGAAUAAAGUUGAUUUCUGUUUAUCCAAAGGCUAUUUGGCUAGGAGAAAAAAGUUAUACACUUUUUUUUGGGUUUUUAAUCA